CUUGAACACAUAACCCGUCUAACCCGUCGUCAUGUCUCAGGUCUUCACUGCAUGGCUCAAAGAGAAGGGUGGAUCAUUUCACAACUAUGUCCAAUACGUGCCAGUUCCAUCUGGAUACUCAAUCCUUGCUAAAGAGAAAUUGCCUGCAGAUUCCACCAUAGUGUCCUGCCCUUUUGACCUUGUAAUCACUAAAACUGUCGCACUAAGAGCUCUCUCUGAACUUUUGCCAUCUGAAAACCUAUUGGAUUGGUCUGGACGUCAAUGCAUCUCGUCGUACCUCUGUUUUCAUCACAUACUGGACGAGUCAAGUUACAUCCCAGAUUUGGCUCAUGGACCAUAUGUGAAUACGCUGCCAUCGCGUGAAAAGUUGCGCACUGGACUGCACUUUACUCCAUUGGAGCUCGAGAUGUUCAAAGGAACAAACAUGCACGGUGCGAUUGUGGAUCGCGAGAAGGAAUGGCGACACGAGUGGGAAACAUGCCGUUCAGUCGUCUCGAAAGUGGAUCGCACCUGGGGCGACUUGGAACUGUUUUUGGAGUCAGCGACCCAUGUGUCCUCUCGCGCCUUCCCGUCUUCACUAUUGGACCCUAAUCCUACCUUGCAAUCAUCACCGUCCACAGAACCGGUCUUGCUGCCAGGUAUUGACGCCCUCAACCAUGCUCGCGCGCACCCUGUCUCGUGGGUAGUAACAUAUCACGAUAAUGCAGCGAGCAUAUCCCUCAUCAUACAUAAAUAUGCCAGCUCCGGCAAGGAACUCUUCAACAAUUAUGGUGCCAAGCCCAAUUCAGAGUUCAUCCUUGGCUACGGGUUCAGUCUCCCAAACAACCCGGAUGAUACCAUCGUGCUUAAAAUUGGUGACAAAAAGUGGGAAGUAGGCCGUGAGGCAAAAGGAGCCGAUGAAGUCUGGAACGCUUUCCUGUCAUUCGUUUCUCAAAACGAGGAGCCCGACUACGAGGACUGUCUCGAAGCAGCAGCAGUUCUCGAUGAGGCGGUGCAACAGUUAAUUGAAAGACUGCCUACAGACAAAGACCCUUCAGACCGGCUUGGAAUGCGCCCUGAAGUGAUGGCUAUGUUACAUGACUACGUUGAAGGCCAGCGAGAUAUUCUGUGCUCCCUCGCUGAAUUUUGUGAGGCAAAAAAGCGACUCGCGGUAGAAAUGGCUGAGGUUCAAGGCAUUGACCUAGUUUUUGACGACGAUCAUUGAAUUUUGUGCAGCGUGUACUCCCCAUGUUGCCAGUUCUUCUACUGCCCUAGUGUCCCAUCCUUGAAACUAUUACCACUCCCCGUCGUCUUGUAUCUAGUAGAUAGGAAUCCUAGGAUGUACAUGGACAGCUUCUUUCAUUCAUCUUUUCAUGGCACCUGAUGUAUCUCCAUAUCAUGGGUUUGACUAUCUUUAUUCAGCUAGCAUGAAGUACACG